AAACGUCAUCCUCAUGCGUCGGAAGCGCGUCCAUCAUCAGCACACGUGAGUCCUCUACACUGCUGUUGUUCUCUACACAAACUUUAACAGCACAUCGGCUGUGACAUUCGCGUGUAUUGAUCCGAGAGUCGCUCUGAUGAGCCGCUGCUCGUAGCCGCUGCGCGUGGGUGAUGCUCGCGCGCCUCCGUUGCUGUGUGUCCGCACUCGGAGUCGGUAGAGAGCCCUUCAGACUGAUGGAGACUCAGUGCUCCAGGAAGAGCAGGCCCGUCAGAGUCCGAGACACGCUGCGCCAUGUGAAGGUGAAGGAGAGCCGCAGACAGGGCGAGCUGCACGGGCCCUCCACCGUCUAUGUGCAGGUGACCGGCGCCGGGAGCAGAGACAACGGAGCCUCGCUGUACGUCUUCUCCGACUACAACCGGUAUCUGUUUAACUGUGGUGAAGGAACACAGAGACUGAUGCAGGAACACAAAAUGAAAAUCGCACGCUUGGACAACAUCUUCCUCACCAGGAUGAGCUGGGAGACGGUCGGCGGUUUAUCAGGGAUGAUCCUGACCCUCAAAGACACUGGAGUCCCUCAGUGUGUCCUGUCAGGACCGCCUCAGCUGGACCAAUUUUUACAAGCCAUUCGAGUGUUUUCUGGGCAGCUGGAGGACAUUAAACUUGCUGUCAGACCGUACACAGAACCUCAGUAUAAAGACGACACGAUGACUGUCACUCAAGUCCCUCUGUUCUCUGAGGCAGGCAGAUGUUCUCCAGGCUCUGGCCGCAGCAGCAGUCCGAAGAGGGACGUCCUGGAGGAGAGUCAGAGCCUCAGCACCGGUCCAGAAGUCAAAGAAAAGGUUACCAGAGAUUCAUCUCUCGUGGUGGCUUACGUGUGUAAGUUGCACUCAAAGAAAGGGAACUUCCUGGCACUGAAAGCUAAAGAGAUGGGCCUGCCGGUAGGAACAGCAGCCAUUGGACCCAUAAUCGAAGCCCUGAAAGCUGGAAAAACUGUGAUGCAUGAUGGGAAAGAGAUCCGACCCGAGGAGCUGUGCACACCGACUGACCCCGGACCAGUUUUCAUCGUCAUCGACUGUCCAUCAGAGGACUUCCUUCAGCCGCUCUGCACCAAUCACAUCUUACAGAGGUAUCAGACGGGCGGAUCUGAGGACUCUGCUGCUCUCGUGGUUCACAUGACGCCUGAAUCAGUCCUGGACACGGAUCAGUACAAGAGCUGGAUGGAGAGGUUUCCCAGCAGCACUGAGCAUCUGGUGAUGAACGAGCAGACGUUCACGCCUCACAACACCCGCAGUCACAAACUCCAGACGCAGCUCAACCUCAUCCAUCCUGAGAUCUUCCCUCCGCUCAAACCCUACAAGACUAAAGAGCCGCAGGCGUCUCUCCACCUUCCUGUCGUCAGAGCCGAGUGUCUGAUGAAGUUUCAGCUUCGGCCCAAACUGGAGUGGCAAAGAGAUGCCAUCCCGUCCUGCGACUCUGAGGGGUUUGUGAAGGAAGCAGCCGAAGUGCCAAACUUCUCAGAAGAAGUUGAGGAAUGCAGGAAGUUCCAGACGGCUGCGUCCAUCUCCACGUCUGGUGAGAAGUUUCCUGAGAUCGUGUUUUUGGGCACCGGCUCGUCUCUUCCAAUGAAGAUCAGAAACGUCAGCGGGACUUUAGUGAAUAUCAGCUCAUCUCAGUCGCUGCUGCUGGAUUGUGGCGAGGGAACCUUCGGUCAGUUGUGUCGUCAUUACGGAGAUGACGUGGACGAGAUCCUCUCCAGACUCUCCACCAUCUUUGUGUCCCACCUUCAUGCAGAUCAUCACACGGGUUUGAUUCAUUUAUUAUUGGAGAGAGAGCGAGCUCUGAAGAGUCUAGGUAAAGCGUUCAGUCCCGUGUACCUGAUCGCUCCCGUUCAGAUCAUGACGUGGUUGAACCAGUAUCACAAUCACUGCCAGCAGAUCCUCAGCCAGAUCAAUAUAAUCCCGUCGAAGUGUUUGUUUGAUGGGGCUGAGAUUCCCAAAGUGGAGACCAGAUCCUUCAUUCAGGCUGUUCUGAAGAAGAAUGACCUGCUCAAGUUUCAGACGUGUUAUGUUCGUCACUGUAAGAACGCGUUCGCCUGCAGUUUGACGCAUCAGUCUGGUUGGCAGAUCGUGUUCUCUGGAGACACCAUGCCCUGCGAUGCUGUCGUUAAUAUUGGCAGGAACGCUACACUUUUGAUUCAUGAAGCCACACUGGAGGACGGGAUGGAGGAAGAAGCGUGCGAGAAGAGACACAGCACCACAUCUCAGGCUAUCGGCAUCGGGAUGAAGAUGAACGCUGAAUUCAUCGUGUUGAAUCACUUCAGUCAGCGGUACGCUAAGAUCCCUCUCUUUAGCGAUGACUUCAACAGCAAAGUAGGGAUCUCUUUCGACCACAUGAGGAUCCGAUUUGGAGAUUUCCCGAUGCUUCCCCGGCUCAUUCGACCUCUGAAGGCAUUGUUUGCAGAGGAGCUUGAAGAGAUGGAGGAGAGGAGAGAAAGGAGAGAGAUGAAGAAAACUGCUGAGCCUCCAUCUAAUGGAGAGUCCGGAACGAGCCGACAACCUGAAGAGACGAACAGAGUCACCAAGAGAGAGCAAGAUGACCCUAACCAGGAAGCAGCCGUCAAACGACUUAAGACGAACUGAUGGGCAACCAAUCAGGUUGAAGUUUAGAUCAACCCAACCAAUCAGAAUGCUGGCUGGGGAAAUAUUGAACCAAAGGGUUAUGAUCUUAAAAUGUAGGCCAAUAUCAUAAGGUUCAUGUUGGGUAGAAGUCUGCAGUUUCCAACUGGAAAAGGUGAAAUUAAAGCAGCUGGAGAGUAUCUGAAUUUCAAGUGAACACUGAAAUGCAGCGUAUUGGUUCCUGGCUGGGAUCAGAUCUGGAGUCAGUCCCACUGUGAUCGAUUUGACUAAAGCUGCAGGUUGAUGGUGGAAAAGUACUCUACCUUAAACCUUUGAAUGUUUGACAUUUUAAUUUCAGCCCUCCAGCUUCUUUAAACCUGAAACAGAAACAUUGGAGCACUAAAGGAAGACGUCAGGUUUGGCAUUUUCAUUUGUAAGUGGAGGAUUUCAGUUUAGUUUGAAUCAGGUAUGUUUUUUUUGGCAAGUAAACUGAGUGCACUAAUAUUUGGAAAAAAGCACUUGUACAUUUCUGUGUACUAUUUUAUUUUAGGUCUAUUAAAUGGUUGAUCAGCUUGGGCUGUUCUAAUUAUUUUAGGGAAAUAAACGUAAACCUGGAUAA